AUGCUCAGCCCCGCCCCAACAGAUGAGGAAACCCUCACCAUGUUUACUCCUUCGGAUGAGCUGUCGCAAAAAGUCGAAAAACACAUCCAGAACCACCCGCUGUUUGUAUCACUGCGGGAAGACCCUGCAUACGUCCAAUCGAGGCCGUACAUGAAGAUCCCAGAGAAGAUCCGUGACCGCAGUCUCACGGCCGGUACCCUGUCGAACUCGGGGGGCAUCGUUGUUCCCCCAACCGCAUUCUACAACAACGACACAAACACUCUGGUUACCUUCUUUUAUCUCGGCUCCAGGGUCUCCGGUCAUCCAGGGAUUGUGCACGGCGGCUUCCUUGCCACGCUCUUGGAUGAGGGCAUGGGACGUUGCGCUUUCCCCGUCCUACCCAGCAAGGUUGGCGUGACUGCGAACCUGAACGUCGACUACCGGCGCCCGGCCAUGGCAAACUCCUACUUUGUCAUGCGCGCGCAGGUAACGAAGUCUGAAGGCCGCAAGGCCUGGGUUGAGGCGCGCAUUGAAACUCUUCCCGAGGAGGGGCAGGAGCCGGAUGUGCUUGUUGAAGCCAAGUCCUUGUUCAUCGAGCCAAAGAAUGCGUCCAUGGCGCCAUUGCACAAAUUCGUCAACUAA